UUUAUUUGCAAUUAUCUUCGUAAAUACAUAGCGAUCGAUAGCAAAUAUAAAUAAAAUUAUUCUGCGUCAGGGUGAUGCGAUCCAAUCAAACGCAAUAUCGAACUUAACGUCCAUAAUUUAAACUCAAUAACGCAUACAGUGACAUUUCCAAACAAAUUGUCAUUACUGCAAUUUUUAGCUGCUAAUCGAAACAAACUUCGAUCUCAAUCGUAUAUUUAUUGCACUCUGUUAUGUAAAUAAUAUAAUUAGAAGACAAGAGAGCACUAAAUAUAUUUGUAUUUUUCCAAGAAUGUUAUUCUAUUCGUUUUUUAAAUCCUUAGUUGGUAAGGAUGUUGUUGUAGAAUUGAAGAAUGAUCUCAGCAUUUGCGGUACUCUACACUCUGUUGAUCAAUACUUGAAUAUAAAGUUAACAGACAUAAGUGUAGCAGAUACAGAUAAAUACCCUCAUAUGUUGUCAGUAAAAAAUUGUUUUAUUCGAGGAUCGGUAGUACGCUAUGUACAGUUACCAGGAGACGAAGUGGAUACUCAACUAUUGCAGGAUGCUGCACGAAAAGAAGCAGCAGUUCAAGCAAGAUAGUUGAUAAUAUUCUUAAGUUGGGAAGUGUUGUUUAUUUCAAUUUUAUUAUGGAAAUUAACAAUAAUACACACUGAAUAUAUAAAAUAUGAAUUUUUGUAUUUAUAAGUAUGUAAAGUGAAUUUACGUAUAAAACUAAAAAAUCAUAAUUUUU